AGAUAAGUUCGGCUCUAUGAUUCGGACAGUUGGUUCGUCGUGACCAUCUCGUAUUGUCCACCUCUUAGAAAUCGACCGUAGACAUGGCGGAUAAAGAGAAGAAGAAGAAGACCAAGAAGAAGGAGGAGGCUCCAGCACCCGAACCCGAGCCGGCGCCAGCUGAAGAGAAGGCACCAACUCCUACAGGUACACCAAAAGACUCUGGCUCUGCCAGAGCUAGCAGUCGCGGCAGUCGCAAGGCUAAACGCAGCGGGUCCAGUGUGUUCUCCAUGUUCUCUCAAAAACAGGUGGCCGAGUUUAAGGAGGCAUUCCAGCUAAUGGACGCGGAUAAGGAUGGUAUCAUUGGUAAGAAUGAUCUUCGUGCAGCCUUCGAUUCCGUCGGCCGAUUGGCAACCGAUAAGGAGAUCGAAGAAAUGCUUAACGAAGCUUCAGCCCCCAUCAACUUCACUCAAUUGUUGAAUUUGUUCGCUGUUCGUAUGUCAGGAUCAGGUGCUGACGACGACGACGUUGUAAUCAAUGCCUUCAAGACAUUUGACGAGAACGGCAAAAUUGACGGCGAAAAAUUAAGGCAUGCUUUAAUGACGUGGGGCGACAAAUUCACGCCAAAAGAGGUGAACGAUGCGUUCGAUCAGAUGUACAUCGACGAUAAAGGUUUCAUUGACACCCCGAGCUUAAUCGCCAUGUUGACCGGCACAGGCGAAGAAGAAGAAGAAGGAUAAGAUCAAUUGAAAUUAUAUUGUCAAGAAGAGAAUGUUCCUCGAUUAUGAAGCCUCGUAUUAACGUCAGAAUUGCACAAAAUUUGCCUUAAAAGA